AUGCCGCAGGCGCCGGGUGGCGCCUGCUACGACGGGGGAAGCGGCGGAAGAAACGGGCAGGGCAUGCCACACACGGAUCGCAUGGUCGCCGGGAGGCGACGGGGGCGAAGCGGCGGAAGAAACGUUCAGGGCGGCCACACACGGAUCGCAGCGCCCGGGGGAGCGACGUGGGAAGCGUCGGAGAAACGGCAGGGCAGGCCACACACGGAGCGCAGGCGCCGGGGGAGCGACGGGGGGAAGCGGCGCAAGAAACGGGCAGUGGCAGGCCACACACAGAGCGCAGGUCGCCGGGGGAGCGACGGGGGGGAAGCGGCGAAGAAACGGGCAUGGGCAGGCCACACCGGGAGCGCUCAGGCUCCGUUGAGCGACUGGGUGAAAGCGGCGGAAAAAACGGCAGGGGCAGGCCACACACGGGGAGCGCAGCGCCCGCCGGGGCUAAGCGACGGGGGCGGCCAAGCGGCACAAAAAAGCGGGGGCUCCGGGCAGGUGCAGGCCACACACGGGGCGCAGGCGCCGGGGGAGCGACGGGGUGAAGCGGCGGAAGAACGGGCAGGGCAGGGCCACACACAUCGCAGGCGCCGUGGGGGAGCGACGGGGGGUGAAGCUGCGGAAGAAACGGCAGGGCAGGCCACACACGGGGGAGCGCAGGCGCCGGGGGGAGCGACGGGGCAAGCGGCGGAAGAAACUGCAGGGCAGGCCACACACGGGAGCGCAAGCUCCGGGGGAUCUACGGGCGAAGCGGCGGAAGAAACGGCAGGGCGCCGGGGGAGCCGACUGGGCGAAGCGUCGGAGAAACUGGCAGGGCAGGCCACACACGGAGCGCAGGCGCCGGUGGAUCGACGGGGCGAAGCGGCGAAGAAACUGGCAGGGCAGGCCACACACGGGAGCAGGCUCAGCUCGGGGGAUCGGCGACGCAGUGGCGAAGCGGCGCAGCGCACUGGCAAAACGUGCAGCGGCAACACGGCAGGUCACACACGGAGCGCAGCGCCGGGGGAGCGACUGGGGAAGCGGCGGAAGAACGUGCAGGGCAGGCCACACACUGAGCGCGGUCGCCGGGGUGAUCGACGGGGCGAAGCGCGGCGAAGAACGGGCAGGGCAGGCCACACACGAGCGCAGGGGCCGGGGGAUCGCGGGGGGAAGCGGCUGAAGAACGUGCAGGCAGUCACACACACUGUCUCGCAGUCGCCGGGGAGCUACGGGGCGAAGCGCGGAGAAACGGGCAGGGCAUGCCACACACGGGAGCGCAUCGCCGGGAUCGACGGGGCGAUCGGCGGAGAAACGGGCAGGGCAGGCCACACACGGAUCGCAGGCGCCGCGCGGGGAGCGACGGGGCGAAGCGGCGGGGAAGAAACGGCAGGGCAGCCCACACUGAGCUCAGGCGCCGGGUGGGAGACACGGGGGCGGAGAGCGCGGAAGAAACGGGCAGGGCAGGGCACACACGGAGCGCAGGCGCCGGGGGAGCGACUGGGGGAAGCGGCGGAGAAACGGGCAGGGCAGGCCACACACUGA